GUUUGCGAUGUACCCAGCCUUCCGAAUCCUGCUUGAACGGAGGGAAGUGUGAAACCUACCAAAAUGGAACAGGGGCAUGCCUAUGCUCCAGUGACUUUGUCGGCCGUCGGUGCCAGUUCCAAAAUUUGUGUCUCAGCUCCCCCUGUAAGAAUGGCGGCACCUGCCACCCCGUGGUGGACGGCAACACGGCUGAUUACGUCUGUUCCUGCCGCCUGGGCUACAUCGACAAGCUGUGCCUGACCAUGGAGGAUAACGCCUGCCUGAGCGGCCCCUGUCGCAACGGAGGGAGCUGUGACCUUGUCACCCUGACCGAGUACAAAUGCCGCUGCCCUCCAGGCUGGUCAGGCAAGACGUGUCAGCAGGCCGAUCCCUGUGCCUCUAACCCAUGUGCCAACGGCGGCCAGUGCGUGCCCUUUGAGUCCAGCUACGUGUGCAGGUGCCCGCAGGGCUUCCACGGGGCCACCUGCAAGGAAGACCUGAACGAGUGCAGCCGGACGCCCCCCAUCUGCAAGAACGGCGGGACCUGCGUCAACGAGAUCGGCUCCUACCAGUGUCACUGCCGGCCGGCCUACACGGGCUCCAAUUGCGAGCACCUCUACGUGCCCUGCAACCCCUCGCCUUGCCAGAACGGGGGCACCUGCCAGCAGACGGGAGAUGUGGCCUACGAGUGCACCUGCCUUGCAGGCUUCGCGGGUCAGAACUGCGAAGAGAACCUCGACGACUGUCCCGGAAACAGCUGCAGGAACGGCGGGACCUGUGUGGACGGGGUGAACACCUACAACUGCCAGUGCCCACCUGAGUGGACAGGCCAGUACUGUGCCGAAGAUGUGGAUGAAUGUCAGUUGAUCCCCAAUGCUUGCCAGAACGGCGGCACCUGCCACAACACCCACGGCGGCUACAACUGUGUCUGUGUCAACGGCUGGACGGGCGAGGACUGCAGCGAGAACAUUGACGACUGCGCCAGUGCUGCUUGCUCCCCGGGGGCCACGUGCCACGACCGGGUGGCCUCUUUCUAUUGCGAGUGCCCACAUGGGCGGACAGGUUUGCUGUGCCACCUGGACGACGCCUGCAUCAGCAACCCUUGCAAUGAAGGUUCCAACUGUGACACCAACCCGGUCACCGGGAGGGCCAUCUGCACCUGCCCCUCGGGGUACACGGGGGCCGCCUGCAACCUGGACGUGGACGAAUGCUUACUGGGUGCCAACCCCUGCGAGCACGCUGGGAAAUGCCUCAACACGGAGGGCUCCUUCCAGUGCCAGUGCCAGGCGGGCUACUCGGGCCCCCGCUGCGAGAUCGACGUCAACGAGUGCUCCUCCAACCCCUGCCAGAAUGAUGCCACCUGCUUGGACCAGAUCGGGGUCUUCCAAUGCAUCUGCAUGCCAGGCUACGAGGGUGUGUACUGUGAAAUCAACACGGACGAGUGUGCCAGCAGCCCCUGCCUGCACAACGGGAACUGCGUGGACAAGAUCAACGAGUUUGCCUGUCUGUGCCCUGUGGGAUUUAAUGGUCACCUGUGUCAACACGACAUUGAUGAAUGUGCCAGCACACCCUGCAAAAACGGAGCCAAAUGUGUGGAUGCACCAAACGCUUACGUGUGUGAAUGCACAGAAGGCUUUUCCGGUACCCACUGUGAGACGGACAUCAACGAAUGUGACCCUGAUCCCUGCCACUACGGCACCUGCCAGGAUGGCAUUGCCUCCUUUACCUGCCUCUGCCAGCCUGGGUACACUGGGCACCUCUGUGACGUCAACAUCAACGAGUGCCAAAGCCAGCCCUGCAAGAAUGGGGGCACCUGUCAGGACAGGAACAAUGCCUACACCUGCUUCUGCCUCAAAGGCACCACAGGACCCAACUGUGAAAUCAACCUGGAUGAGUGUGCCAGCAACCCGUGUGAUUAUGGCAAAUGUGUGGACAAGAUCAACGGUUACGAAUGUGCCUGUGAGCCAGGAUACACAGGGAGGAUGUGCAGCAUCAAUGUGGACGAGUGCGAAAACAGCCCUUGCCACAACGGGGGCACCUGCCGGGAUGCCAUCAACGGCUUCACCUGCCUGUGCCCGGAAGGCUUCCAUGACCCGCUGUGCCUCUCGGAAGUGAACGAGUGCAGCAGCAACCCCUGCGUCCACGGGAGAUGCCACGACGGGCUGAACGGCUACAAGUGUGACUGUGACCCGGGCUGGAGUGGGACCAACUGUGACAUCAACAACAACGAAUGCGAGUCCAACCCUUGUGUGAACGGUGGAACCUGCAAGGACAUGACCAGCGGCUACCUUUGCACCUGCCACGAGGGAUUCAGUGGACCCAACUGCCAGAUCAACAUCAACGAAUGUGCCUCCAAUCCUUGCCUGAACCAGGGAACGUGCAUCGAUGACGUUGCUCGCUACCAGUGCAACUGCCUUCCGCCCUACACUGGCCCCACCUGCCGGGAAGUGCUGGCGCCCUGCGCGGAGGGUCCCUGCAAGAAUGGCGGCCAAUGCAGAGAGUCGGAGGACUACGAGAGCUUCUUGUGCACCUGCCUUCCGGGAUGGCAAGGGCAAACGUGUGAGAUUGACAUCAACGAGUGUGUGAAGAGCCCCUGUCGGAAUGGCGCCACGUGCCAAAACACCAACGGGAGCUACCGCUGCGUGUGCAAAUCUGGCUUCACCGGGGAGAGCUGUGAAACCGACAUCGAUGACUGUCAACCCAAUCCCUGCCACAAUGGGGGCUCCUGUUCUGACGGCGUCAACGGCUUCUUCUGCAACUGCCUGGCAGGCUUCCAGGGCCCCAAAUGCCAGGAAGACAUUGACGAGUGCGCCAGCAACCCCUGUGAGAACGGGGCCAACUGCACCGACUGCGUGAACAGCUACACCUGCACGUGUCCGUCCGGCUUCAGCGGGAUCCACUGUGAGCACAACACUCCCGACUGCACGGAGAGCUCCUGCUUCAAUGGGGCCACCUGUGUGGAUGGCAUCAACACCUUCACCUGUGUCUGCCCACCUGGCUUCACCGGCAUUUAUUGUGAGCACGACAUCAACGAGUGUGACUCCAGGCCUUGCUUGAAUGGGGGCACGUGCCAGGACAGCUACGGGACUUACAAAUGUGCCUGCCCACAAGGCUACACCGGACUCAAUUGCCAGAACCUGGUCCGCUGGUGCGAGUCCUCUCCCUGUAAGAACGGAGGCAGGUGCUGGCAGGUCAGCAAUCACUACCGCUGCGAGUGCCUGAGUGGCUGGACCGGCCUGUACUGCGACAUACCCAACGUCUCUUGCGAGGUGGCCGCGCGACGGCAAGGGCUGGACGUUACCCGCCUGUGCAGAAACUCCGGGCUCUGCGUGGACAGGGGCAACACCCACCUCUGCCAUUGCCAGCCUGGGUACACGGGCAGUUACUGUGAAGAGCAAGUGGACGAGUGCUCCCCGAACCCUUGCCAGAACGGGGCGACCUGCACGGACUACCUGGGCGGCUAUUCCUGCGAGUGCGUGGCCGGCUACCAUGGCAGGAACUGCUCGGAGGAGAUCAAGGAGUGCCUUUCCUACCCCUGCCAAAAUGGCGGAACCUGCAUCGACCUGCUCAACACCUACAAGUGCUCUUGUCCCCGUGGAACUCAAGGCGUCCACUGUGAGAUCAACAUUGACGACUGCAGCCCGGCCACAGACCCACAGACCCUGACCCCAAAGUGUUUCAACCAAGGGAAGUGCGUGGACAAGGUGGGGGGCUACAGCUGCAUCUGCCUGCCGGGCUUUGUUGGGGAGCGCUGCGAGGGGGACGUCAACGAGUGCCUCUCGAACCCCUGCGACCAGCGGGGGACCCAGAACUGCGUGCAGCGAGUCAAUGACUACAAGUGUGAAUGCCGCCCGGGCUACACGG